UAAUUUGUGUAAAUUUAGAAGAACAGACCAGAGUAAUAGUUGUAGUAAUAGUAAUACUGGGUUAAUAAGUUGGUAUAUGGAAAUGGCGGGGUGACCCAGAAAAGCACCGGGUUUUCUGGUGGCAAGGACGAGCAAGCAAAAGCUGGCCAACUGACAAAUGGAAGAGUGCAUGGCCAUUGGAUAGAGAUCCAAUGGUGAUGUGUUGAGUUAGGACGAGUGGAACCAGAAUAUGGGGGAAGAGAGGGAACACGCCCGGACAGAUUAGAUACAUCUUUCCUUUUACUUUCCCCUUCUUUUCUUUUUUUCCUUUUUCCAUUUCCCCUUCCCAACCUCAUCUCCCUCUCGCCCUCCUUCUCACUUCCUCCUUUAUAAUCUAUCUCUUCUUCACUUAAAUCUCUUCAACCAUCUUCUUUAGAAUCUCUAAAACUUUUCUCUUUCUAUCUCUAUAGUCAUCCAUCCUCUCAUUCAUAGAACAACAGGAGCAGAAGCAGAAGAGCAGCAGGAGCAGCAGUACUAACUCUGGUUGUGUUUGUGACUUUGUGUUUGUGUUUUUUGAUUAGUUUAAGAGAGAAAGAGAGAGAAAGAGAGAGAGAGAGAGAGAGGGACAAAGACAUAAAUGGGAUUGAGAAGGGUGGCAGAGAUGGGUUCAGAGUCCAUGGCGGCGUUGCAGUGACUCUAGCUAAUUCUGUGUCUUAAAUAUGCUGUUUUGGAGGAAAAGAGAGAGAAAGAAAGAGAAUUCAAGAAGGAGAGGGGAGAGGCAGGCAGCAACUGCUGCUGCACCUGCUGCCGCCUCUCUAAAAGUAUCAACAAAAGGAAAGCAGGAGAAAAGCCAAAAUUAAAUCAGCUCUCUCUCUUCUCUCUCUCUCUCUCUCUUCUUUGAGAGUAAGAGAGUGUCUGUGUGUAUGUGGUGUAUCUCUUGUUGCUUUGUUUCUUGUUCCUAUGGACAAGGACUACUACUUGUCACUAGAUAAGCAGCUACUCCUACUCCUACCAUCACUACUGCUACUACUACUACAACCAGUGUUGCUGCUAUGGCUGGUUUCUCACUAGGAGGUGACCGGCAAGCUGCCGGCGGUGACGACGAGCAACAACCACCGCCGGUUAUCCCACCCGAAAGCCUGUUUCUUUACGGUGGCAGCAGCACUAGCCGUGGCUUUGAGCUAUGGCACCAACACCAGAUCCAGCAACAACGUCUUUUCUCCUCCUCUGCAAUCCUUUCCUUCUCUUCUUCCGCUGAGCCUGCCUCCGCUCCUGGCCUCUCCACCUGCAGCGGCCGCAUGCGCGGUAGCUCCAGCAGCGGCAUGAGCUGCCAAGACUGCGGUAACCAAGCCAAGAAAGACUGCUCCCACAUGCGCUGCCGCACUUGCUGCAAGAGCCGCGGCUUCCAGUGCUCCACCCACGUUAAAAGCACUUGGGUUCCUGCCUCAAAACGCCGGGAACGCCAGCAACAGCUCACUGUUCUUCAGCAUCAGCGCCAACCAGAGCCUUCCAAACGCCCUCGUGAACUCCCCAUCACCACUACCAACACCAAUACCACCACCUCUUCUGGAAUGGAAGCGAUAAGUUUUCCGGCUGAAGUGAGCUCACCGGCGGUGUUCCGGUGCGUGAGAGUGAGUCCGAUGGAUGAAGCUGAAGACGAGUAUGCUUAUCAAACGGCGGUUAGUAUCGGUGGACAUGUAUUCAAAGGCAUUCUCUAUGAUCAAGGUCCUGAUUCUCACUUACACCAUCAACACCCUGGUGAAUCUUCUUCUUCUCCUACUACUGCUGCAAUUCCAAGUAGCAGCACUGCAGCUGCUGCUUCUGCUUCUGCUGUUGUUGUUACUGCUGCUACUACUGGUACUUCCACUGCUGCAUUGCUUGAUCCUGGAUCACUAUAUCCCGCUCCUCUCAGCGCUUUCAUGGCCAGCACCCAAUUCUUUCCUCAUCAUCCCAGACCUUGAUCAUGAACUUUUUUCUUCUUUUUCUUCUUCUUCUUCUUCUUUUUAUCUCUACUUCAGUGUAAUGUUAGAGUCCAUUGAGACUAACGAGUAUUGUUAAGCUUAGCAUUAGCAUAAGCAUAGCAUAAACAUGAGCAUUCAGUACUUCAUUUUC